CAAAAAUAUCGACUUGCAACUAACCACCACCUCAAGCUUUCCCUCCUCCUCCUCCACGAGCGAUUUCUUUCUUUCGCCGCAGAUAUUCGCAGAGAAUCUGCUCCUCGUAUUCCAGUAGUCCACUCUCUCACCCCUACGAUUAUUCCUCUCCUCUCCUACGGCCGGAGCAGUACCUUCUUGUUUCUGCUUGCUUGUCUGCUCCUCACGCACCAGCGCCCGGCGCCGCCAUGUGCGUGGAGGAGCUGGAGGGCACGGAAAGGCUGGGUUUUGGAGAGCGCGGCGGCGACAGGAACGGGAACACCGACGAGCUCCCCUCGCCUCGGAUGGAGAGAGUUUGUGAGAACACAGUAGCUUCUGAUUUCAAGCAAAAUAAGUCUGGUAAUUUUGUCCCAAAUAUUAGGUCAGGGGAUUGGUCGGAUAUUGGAGGUCGUCAAUACAUGGAAGAUGCCCAUGUUUGUAUUGCUGACCUAGCUAAGAACUUUGGUUAUCAAUCUGUGGAUAAUGAAGCUAUUUCCUUUUAUGGUGUCUUUGAUGGGCAUGGUGGAAAAGAUGCUGCCCAUUUUGUUCGUGAUAAUUUACCAAGGGUCAUUGUGGAAGAUGCUGAUUUUCCUGUUGAGCUUGAGAAAGUAGUAAGGAGAUCCUUUGUUCAAACAGAUAGUCAGUUUGCAGAGACAACACUAUCUUCUGGCACAACUGCACUUACAGCAAUGAUUUUCGGAAGGUCUCUUCUAGUUGCAAAUGCUGGUGAUUGCAGGGCAGUUCUUUCCCGGUGCGGCACUGCAAUUGAAAUGUCAAUGGACCACAGGCCUUGCAGCCUCAGUGAAAAACUGCGGGUAGAAUCACUUGGUGGCUAUGUGGAUGACGGUUACCUGAACGGUUUGUUAGGAGUCACUAGAGCCCUUGGUGACUGGCAUCUUGAGGGCAUGAAAGAGGUUGGCUGUCCAGGAGGUCCACUUAGUGCUGAGCCAGAGCUAAAGGUGGUCACACUAACAAAGGAUGAUGAGUUCUUGAUAAUUGGCAGCGACGGGAUCUGGGACGUCUUCUCGAACCAAAACGCCGUCGACUUCGCAAGGAGGCGCCUCCAAGAACACAACGAUGCGAAGUCCUGCUGCAAGGAGAUCGUCGAGGAGGCGAUAAGGCGAGGCGCCACUGACAACUUAACCGCGGUGCUAGUUUCUUUCCACCUGGAUGCUCCUCCCCAGAUCAGGGUGAGCCGGCCCGGGAGGGUGGCGCGGAGCAUUUCAGCUGAAGGGCUCAACAGCCUCAGGACACUCCUGGGAAGCCAAAACCAGUGAUGGUCCAUCUUGCUGCAGUUUCUGUAGUAUGGUUGCAUUGCCGAGUUUCAAUUGAAUGUAGUGAUCUCGGCACCCCAUUGUUGUUAGAUGUUACCAUUGUUGUGACACCAGCUAUUAUUCUUGUUGGUAAUUAAGCCAACGAACAUGAGCUCUGAGCUCUGAAAUUGUGAGAAUUCCAAGCGGCUGUAACAAGUUGAGGCCUGGGGAGUAAGAAGUGAGUGCCCAGGCUCACUAUAUCAUGUUUUCUCCUCCUUUUUUUUUUUAACUUUCUUGUAAAUAAAAAUGUCAGCUCCUGUCAGGGCAAUUGAACGUUGACCUUGUAAAAGACAACCCUAUUGAGUGAAAUUGCCGCCAAUUGGCUCAUCUUUUC